GCUUAAACUCUAGCCACGUCCCUACGGCUCGCGGCUCCAUGCCACCGACGCAGAGCUUUGCAUCUUCAUUGUCUCCUGGCGUUGGUUUGGGAAACGGACUCCGGCGUUGUGUGGCAUGGCUGACAGGGAGCCCACUUGUUCUGGAGACACCCCUUUACCUGGCAUGUGGCAGAUAUCAACAGCGUCUUGCUAACCUCACCGUGGAGCUUCCUCCUUUGACUAAACUCCCGUCCCUCUGGGACGGAACAACCCGCUCGAGCAUCGAGCCCAACCUGAGGCGCCCAGAAUUACAGAGGGUGUUAAGAAGAUCCGCUGCAGCCCUGAACGACCAACUCGCUUUCUUUGGCCAUCACAAGAUGGAAUAACAGUCCAAACACCCGCCUGCCUCUUCCUCUCCCUCUGCUGAGCGGCCUGUCGGGCCCCUGAGGGCCCGCAGGCAGCAGGUGUGAUGGCAGGCGACAGGCACUCGCUGUGGCACCUGAUGUCCCCGUUCCGCACCCGGCAGGAGCGGGUGCUGCUGACCCGCAGCGAGAGCCUGCCGGGGGAGCAGGUGCUGAAGAUCACCGUCACAGAGACCACCGUGAUCGAGACCGAGUCCGGCGUGUGGAACUGGCGCUCCCUCUCAUAUCUGGGCCUCUGGUUCUUCUUCAGCUUCUGCACUCUGUUCCUGAACAAGUACAUCCUUUCCCUGCUGCAGGGGGAGCCCAGCAUGCUGGGUGCUGUUCAGAUGCUCUCCACCACCAUCAUAGGCUGCUUGAAGAUGUUCAUCCCGUGCUGCUUGUACCAGCACAAGUCCAGAUCCGAGUACCCGCCCAACUUUGUCAUGAUCAUGCUGUUUGUCGGACUCAUGAGGUUCACCACGGUGGUGCUGGGCCUGGUGAGCCUGAAGAACGUCGCAGUGUCGUUCGCUGAGACGGUGAAGAGCUCAGCUCCUAUUUUCACUGUCAUCAUGUCCCGGCUGAUCCUCGGGGAGUACACAGGGCUGUGGGUGAACCUGUCCCUGUUUCCCGUCAUGGCAGGACUGGCCCUCUGCACAGCCACAGAGAUCAGCUUCAACAUGCUGGGCUUCUCGGCCGCCCUGUCCACAAACAUCAUGGACUGCCUGCAGAACGUUUUCUCCAAGAAACUACUAAGUGGAGACAGAUACAGAUUCAGUCCUCCAGAACUGCAGUUCUACACCAGCACGGCGGCCAUCAUCAUGCUCAUCCCAGCCUGGGCCUUCCUGCUGGACUUCCCUGUGGUGGGGAGCAGCGGGCAGAGCUUCAUCUUCAGUCAGGACAUCAUGCUGCUGCUGCUUUUUGAUGGAUGUCUGUUCCACCUGCAGAGCGUCACAGCCUACGCCCUCAUGGGAAGGAUUUCCCCGGUUACUUUCAGUGUUGCCAGUACCGUGAAGCACGCCAUGUCGGUUUGGCUGAGCAUCAUCGUGUUCAGCAACCAGAUCACAAUGCUCAGCGCCGCCGGCACCGUCUUCGUCUUCAUCGGGGUCUUCCUGUACAACAAGGCCAGACAGAUCCAGAGGAAGGCCUUGCAGGCGAUGGCGGCCGAGCAGAGCCAGAAACCACCGCUGCCCAGCCAGGACUUCCAGGCCUCUGCGUCUAAAUGAGAGGCCUCCACACAUUCCAGAUGCUCCCAGCAGCUCCCCGGUCGAUCCCUCAGGGGCCGAGCCGUGGAGCCCUCAGCUGUCUGUGGCCUUCACAAACAGUUUGUCUUAGUGCGUGACCCGUUUUCCACUGUAAGCCUCUUUUUGUUGUCUCGUGUUGGUCAGUACAACCGAAGCUCAGGGGGACUUUCUGCUUUCUAAAAGAAGCGAUAAACAUUUGUGUGUUGCGGCUGCUAAAUAUCAGGUAUCUGCAGAUAAACGGGGGGGGGGGGGGGUUGGUACCUGUGGUUAAAAUAGUUUGGCUUGUCCAGACCAAUCUUAGAGUGGCUGUUGGACAGGUCAGAGCCACGUUUUGCAUUCUAGGAAUGCCCAUGCUCGGACAGGUACGCGUAGGCGUUCGGUUCCGUCUGUGAAAUGACUUAACGUACUCUUAAUUCUGCCCCGUGCUGCCUCUCGUCUGUGUGCCCCGUCUGAAGGCCUUUAGACCGGACAGGUCAGUGCUAAUCACCAUCAGUCUUUUGUUUGUCCUGCUUGUGUGUGGAAGCACUUUAGUGAAGCUUCACAUGUUGCUGCUGUUUCCUGCCUGAAAAAGCAGCCUCGUCUUUUCUUACUGGCGUCCUGAGCACAGAGGUCCAUCCUAAGCAGCGACUGACCCGAAACAUGGUUUUUAUUUUUCUUUAGAACAUGUUGAUUCCAUGAGGAUAUAUCAUUUUUAUUUUUUCAAGGUUUCUUAAUGUGGAGCCUCUCAAACAGGUGUCGGCUGCAGUUUGAUUGUCACACCACACAAAGCUGUGGUUUUAUACUGACAGGAAGUGACACGCUGUAGGUUCAAACGCACACUUUGCCAAACUGUUUUUAACGUUUCUACAUGGAAAACUGUUAUGAACCGUAUGCUUGAUCAUGAAAAAAACAAGAAAAAUGUGUCAGGAUGUAAUGAUUAUGCAGAAAAUAAACUUCAGCAAGCUGUCCGGUUUGAGUGGUUCGUAAGGCUUAAGCAGAGAUAACUACCCACACACGAGAAAAUAGGAGGAUACAUAUGCCCUCUGAUAAGAUAACAAUAAGUACA